AUGCCUCCGAGACACCAAACCCUCCCUCCCGCGCAAACCAGCUCGGCAAAAGAGGCCCAGAAAUCCUUCUACUGCACCCUCUGCUCCAAGGGCUACUCCCGCAUGAACGACUAUGAGGCCCAUCUCAGCAGCUAUGAUCACAGCCACAAGCAGCGCCUCAAGGACAUGAAGGCCAUGGUGCGCGACCCCAACGCGGGCGCAAAGGCGAGGAAGGCCGAGGCCAAGGCAGACGGCAUGGUCAGCAUCAAGUUGAACGACCAAGAUGCGCCCUCCUCUGGCGGCGGCGGUGGUGGUGGAGGCUUCAAGAAGGGCGGCUUCAAAAAGACUGGCUUUAAGAGUGCCUUUGCUCCGGUAGAAGCGUCCGCAUCGACUACAGCCGCUUCGCAACCACCGACAGAUGCGUCCCGUAAACUAGCGAAUAAGGCUCGCGCGCUUAUGGAUGCGGAAAAGCCGGCCCUCUACAAAGGCUCUCUCGUGGAGAGCGAUACGGAAGAUGAAGGAUACGAGGUCUACGACCCCAGGUUUCCCACUGAUUGA